AUGAACCGUAAGGAUGGAGUUCUUGUAUUGGAUGCGCCUGUUCGAGAGGCCGAUUACCAAAGUAUAACUUUUAACAAAGGUCGACAAUUGGCCAUCAAACCGAAACCCAGUGAAGCCAAUGUGAAAACUGUUGCUCCGUACACAGCACGAUCAUCGGUUCUGCAUGUACAAAACAAACCCGGCUUGACUGUGCAAAACGAAUCUGGAGGAUUUCGAAAAAUACACGUUGAAGUUCCCGUGGAACCGGGUUUCACAGCCGAUCAUGUUCGAGUCCGCGUGGAAAACAACGAGCUGGUGAUAACCGGACGACAGGAGGUGUUCGAAAGCGCUACAAAAGGGACGUAUACGAAAGAGUUUCGUCGAUCCUACCCACUUCCCGAAGCCGUGGAUCCCAUUUCGAUUCGUAGUGAAUUGAUUGAAAGAACGCUUGUGGUUGAAGCACCCCUACUGCGAUAA